CUGCGUACACACUCUUUGUCCGGAUCAACAGCUGGGUGGAUCUCCGACAGAAGGAAAGUUGCUGUGAUGACAUUUUGUGUAGUGAUGGCAGUCUGACUGUGACAGGAGCUAGCUGUAGUAUCAAGUGUUAACCCCUCCCCGCUGUGACAUGGACUUUAACGUGAAGCGGUUAGCCGCAGACGCCGGGACGUUCCUGAGCCGCGCCGUGCAGUUCACAGAGGAGAAACUGGGUCAGGCCGAGAAGACCGAGUUGGACGCUCAUUUGGAAAACCUUCUGAUCCGAGCUGAAAACACGAAGCAAUGGACAGAGAGGAUCAUGAAGCAGACCGAAGUCUUACUACAACCCAACCCCAAUGUCCGUUUAGAAGAGUUUGUGUAUGAGAAGCUGGAGAAAAAAGCCCCCACGCGAAUGAACAACCACGAGCUGCUGGGACAGUCCAUGAUCGAAUCAGGGAGCGAGUUUGGUCCAGGAACUGCAUACGGAAACGCUCUGAUAAAAUGUGGAGAGACGGAGAAGCAGAUCGGGGGGGCGGAGCGAGAGUUAAUCCAAAGUGCUGCCAUCAACUUCCUGACACCUUUCAGGAACUUUCUGGAAGGAGACUUUAAAACCAUCCUGAAAGAACGGAAGCUGCUGCAGGUCAAACGUCUGGAUCUGGACGCCGCCAAAACUCGGCUAAAGAAAGCACGGAUGGCCGACGCCAGAGCUGCGGCCGAACAGGAGCUGAGGAUGACCCAGAGCGAGUUUGACCGUCAGGCAGAGAUCACCAGACUGCUGCUGGAGGGAGUCAGCAGCACACACGCUCACCAUCUUCGCUGUUUGAACGACUUUGUGGAGGCUCAGACGACAUACUACGCCCAGUGUUACCAGUACAUGGGGGAUCUGCAGAAACAGCUGGGCAGCUUCCCCUCCUCGUUCUCCAACAACAACCAGUCGUCAGUGUCAGGCGGAGCCAGCAUCUCUGUUCCAACCAUCCCCGUGUCAGCCUCUCUGCCCAGCGUCUCCGGGGGUAGCAGUGUCUCCGGGGGAACAUCAGGAGGAUUUAAUGAGCUGAGGAGCUCCAACAGCAGCCGCAAAGCUCGAGUCCUGUACGACUACGACGCGGCAAGCAGCAGCGAGCUCUCCCUGCUGGCUGACGAGGUGAUCACAGUGAGCAGCGUCCCCGGCAUGGACUCAGAUUGGCUGAUGGGAGAGAGAGGAAACCAGAAAGGAAAAGUCCCCAUCACUUACCUGGAGCUGUUUAACUAAUACCCCGCCCUACAUCAUCCCACCCCCCCCACCAACACCCAUACACAACCCUACAUCAACCCCCUCCCCCGCUGUGAUCUCUUGUUUAUCUUGAGUCGCCUCAUGCCGUAAUUUCAGUCAAAGUUUAAAAUCUUUCAGUUUUUAUGAACUGGAGCUGGACUGAGGGGACCCCACCCCAGCUCCUCCCCCUUUCCAUAGCUCCCCCCCCUGAUGUGUAUCAGCAGAACAUUUCUCCCACCUGCUUCAAGUCUUUGUGUUUGAUCCCCUGUAAUCUGCCGUAUGUGCCUGACCAUCUCCCUAACGGUAACUUCGAUCAGAUCUAAAGUUUGUUUACGUUGGUGAGAGACGGCAAGCUGAACGCCCUGAGAAUUGCGCCCUCUAGAGAUAAUCACGUGUCUAACGCAGAGAUGGACUUCAGUUUGACUCUGAUGCUGCGGUCAGAGCCGUUUGUCUUAUCGAUGAUUCCUUUUUAAGCCAGACGUCAGGAAGUGCCUCGUUGACCCGCCGUAUUCAGACGCUUUUUAGUCUCGCCAUUAUUUAUAUUGGAAAUAACAGAAAGUUCUUCUUUAACCAGAAGACGUUUUUUUAUACCUCUGCUGAAUUCUCAAUCUCUGUACAAACAUCAUCAUCAUCGUUUUUUAUCCUUAAUGUUUGUAACAUGAAGCUCCGUUUCUCUCUGACCUUCAUUUCAACAGGAACGCUUCGUUCCGUUCUGGGAGAUCCCUUUUCUCACCUCAUGGCUGCAUUUUGUUUCAUGUGUAACUGAACAUGCAAAACAUGUAAAAUAUCAAAACAAUAUGAUGCAUUAAAUAAGAAAAUAUGAACGACUGGA